CGCAUGCACAGGAAAUGGGCAAUAAUAAAAUGGCGGGUAAGAAGGAUGACAUUUUAAAAUCCAUUUCAAAUGCUUCAAAAGACCCCUCACCUUUUCUUUCUUUGUACAGAAGCAGUAUAAAACCCAGUCGAUCAAAAUCAAUCUCAAUAAAAGAAUUUCUACAAUCUCUUCCUUCAAACGACAGAGAACUUGUAUGGGACUCACUCCUAAAGCUAUGUAGUGAUACUAUGGAUAAAGUAGCCAUUAACGAGGGCGAUGGAGAGGAGGAUAGUGAUACAUUAGUAGCUGUUGAGGGAAGCUUAAGUGAGAUAGUGGCUACAUUUGAAGGGAUCGUCCAUUGGGUAUAUUCUUAUAUAACGAAUGAGGAGUCCCCUGUAGUUAGUGACCUUCUAUUGGAAUUGGCAGUAAAUUUACAUAGUUUCAUGUUGACAUUUAGUGAAGAGUAUUUCAAACUAACGGACUCCAUUUCUCUGAUGUGUGAGACGUGGUGGAAUAAAGACCUUCGAAUGAAAGAGCUCCUAGUCACUAAUACGAUACUAUUCAUAUUAGCCAAAGCACACAACAGCACCAAGGUGGUUGAUUUGAAGAGGUUGUGGUCUGUACGUGAGUCUUUCUUCCUCUUGGAUUUUGAGGAUGAAAGUGCUGACUCUAUCAAAGAGCUACUACUGAAAACGUUAAUCUCUCCUUUCUUUUUGAAAUCACCAGAGGGUGUCAAAUUCAUUAGCUACACAUUUACUUUUGACAUUCAAUUCACCGAUGUCAUUCACAGUGUCAUCAAAUCAAUGUUACCAGAUGCACCAAAGUGGGUGGUUGAGGCGUAUGGUAAAGUUUAUUUUAGAGCUUGGAGGAUCUCUUCAGGGAGUCUCCUUCACCACAUUGAGACUCAUUACUUACAAGACCUCAUCCAUUUGUGUAUACAUGCACCAAGGAAAGGAGGAGGAGGGAGAUCACCUUUUCUUACACUGAGAAGAUUAUUGAACCAGUUCCAUUCAGAGAUCACUCAGAGAUCAGUGCAGGAGGUGCUCUAUCGUUUGUAUAAGCCGCUCCUCUGGCGCUCACUGAGAGUAGCAUCACCUGAUGUGAGGGCUAAUGCUCUUACACUGAUGCUUGACGGGUUCCCUCUGUACGACCCGAACUAUACCAAACCUGAGAUUGACGAGGAGAUACAGAGACAGUUCAAUUUAAUGAAAGAGCUACUAAUGGAUCAGUCAGUAGUUGUAAGAACCAGCUGUGUAUCUGGAGUGUGUCACGUGCUGUCUUAUUACUGGGAGAUGAUACCUGCCCCUGUCAUUAGUGAUAUAAUUAGAAUCAUCAUACAUCAAUUAGCUUUUGAUACUACCUCUAGUGAUGUAAGGAUUGCUGUACUGCAGGGCGUAGGUGUGGUUCUAGAUCAGAGAUUAAGUCACCGAUUCCUUAAGGAGUUCCUCCCAGUAUUAAAGGCUCAUCUUCACGAUCGGUCCGAGAGGGUUAGAAUCGCAUUUCUUGAUCUGUUGAUUUUAAUCAAAGGAUUGAGAGCCAUCAAAUUUUGGACCAUAUGCAGUAUCGAUCAACUACUAGCUUGUAUUGAAACUGGGAGUGCCCCUGUGAUUAAGAGGACUAUUAGUUUGCUAAUGGACACAUUCAAACCAAAAUCAUCGUCAUCUCUUGCUGCACUCAAUCGCUGUGUUGUACUAGUACGAUCAAACCCACUCUCUUUUAGACGGUUUUAUUUUGAGGCAUUGAACUAUAUGACAGCAAAAGAUAUAGAAAGUUUCAUGACAUCUCUAUUGAAAUACAUCGGAACUAAUAUUGAUGGAAGUGACUUGACUAAUGCCAACAAGAGUAGAGCCAGACAAGACAGGGAAAAGAAGAGACCAGAAACCAACCAUGUUACUCUCAAUGGAGUCAGCAAAGCACAUCAAACUGAUAGCAAUGACGUUGAAACAGAGUGUAGCGGUCAUGAAAGUGACCUUUGUGUAGCCGAAGUGAGUCAUCCUUUGUGUGAUAAGGAGGUUCUCGUAUCACUGCUGGAAGUGGUAGUUAUUUUAAUGGAGGGACUAAGAUUAAAGGAAAAGGAUGCAAAGGAUUUUAAAGUGAUCCCGGAAGUAAAGAGUUUAUUUCCAAAAUUAUUUGAAUAUUUUAAGGAUACUCGUGGUUGUCAUUCAGUAUAUCUCAUUGGGUCUCUACUGCCUAAAUCAGUCAUUGGAUCUUUAAAGAUAAAGACUCUUUGUGACAUCCUUGCAUCAUCAGAGGCCAAUGAAGACCCUCUGGCAUUACUAGUGACACUGAGUAGGUUUGAACAGGAAGUUCCUGUAUUGGAACUGGUCAGACGAGGUUUAGAAACUGGUUUGCAUAGAGACGGAGGAGGGAAAGAGAAUGUGAGUGAGACUAUUGGAGGAGAAAGGAGGAGCAGGAGGAGCAGGAGGAAAAAAGGAAGAGAUAAGGACGGAGUGAGUGAUUAUGAUGGAGUUAUUCCUUCUCCUAGUGUGGCAUUGAGGAUACUCAAUCAUUUAAUGACUCAUCCUGCUUUAUAUAGUAAAGUGAAGGAUUUAUCUCAUUUCUGGGAGCUCAUUCCUUUAUUACAAACUACUUUUGGACACAUUGAGGAUCAGCUAACAGCAAUAGAUACUGCUGCCUCUAGUACUGAGAGGUUUCUUGUUGAAUCAGUUGGCACUUACAUCCGUAUGACAGCACACAGUAUGACUGAGCAUAAGUCUGAUGAUAAGGAAGAGUUUCACAAGCAACUAGAAGAAGUCCUGCUUUGGUAUGAGGAGAAGGUCAUUCCACUUUUAUCUACUUCAUCAGAGAAGUGGCAGCAAAUAUUGAAAAAUAACAAAACAAGAAAGAGAAGAUGGAUCAGUCAAUCGGAUGAAGAUGGUGUCCUCAAUAGCAGUACACCUCAUGCUUACCUCAUACACUCACUGAUUGAGGCCCUACUGACUGUUCUAUCAGAUAUGCUAAUGUGUGGUCUAAUAGGUGAAUCAAUGGAUGUCAGUGUGUCACAGUCUGCCAUUAAGAUAAUAGACAGUGGUGGGCUAAUAUCAUUUGGUCAUUCGUUAUCAGUAGUGUUAUAUCAACUCGUUGAGGUUGGGAGUUACUCAGAAGUGGGUAGCAUCAUAUCUCCUUCCUCUUUACUCACCCCAUCAAUGCUUCUUGACAAAAUAUUAUCUGAACUGAGGCUUAUUGCUAACGAUCAGCCUGAAGCAUUUAAAAAAUUAUGGUCACACUUUAAACCAGUUCUUAGCAGAGCCAUUCUCAUGUCAGUGUAUCACCAGUUACUGAUAGUCUCUCUCUCCUCCUUCCCUAUCUUUACAUCACUUGCUAAAGCUACCCUCUCAGCUCAUGUGGAGCAGCUAAGACUAAACACAUCAAUGUCUAUACCAACUGACAUCAGUGAACUACCUCAUUACACAUCACUCCUGGUUGAUUCUGCUUGUAGGACUACACCUAGUGGAAGGCUGUUUGUUUCUCAUUUGGUCUAUGAUGUAGAAGGAAUUGAUCUUCUCACUGAUUCACCUGAGUGUCUUUUCUCUGCUCUCCAUAUUGCCAGCUCCCUCACUAAUAAAUCUCCUCUUAAUGAAGAGCUCCUCCGGCUAGUGGAUACCUGUUUGAUUGCUUCUAAAACCAGUAUGACCAGUAGUAGUCUCACUGAGCCAGAAUAUCCUGACGUAAUCAGAAAUAUCCAAGAACUAGCAUUGUCAGUUCAACAUCGCUUACUGAAAACUUAAUCGAACGAAACUUCGCAUUAUUAUAAACGAUUUUAUAUGUUAUCUUGAUAUUAUUUUUUCAUCUCAUCCAUAACAAAGCAUUUAUUAGUGCUGAUGGACAUUUAAGCUCUUUUUAUCAGUUAUUUUUAUCAUUAUACCAUGCACCAUCUAGUCUUUAUUAAGCCCUUACUAUCAAACUGAUACAGUAAUUACAGUUAUGUCAUUUAUUAUUUCA